UACUGCCCUCGCGGUCGCGUACAAGCCUUGUGCGGGGAUCGUCAUGCGAAUGUCAUGAUAAGGCCAACGCCUGUGGUCGUCCUCAGAAGGACGACGUCUUCCAUCGGGUGACAAAGGCAGGCUACUCAGUGGAAGGUCGACCGAAGAAUGCGCUGCGUUUGUCAGAGAUGAAGAAAGCUGGCAAAAAGGUCUACGUCCGGCGCUACGAACCCAAUUCAAGCAGCACCAUAUCUUCCAUCAGUGACUUCAGUUCAAGCGUUGCAGAUGGAAAGUGGGACGAGGAGGUGAACAGACAGGCUGGCCUGGCGACGAAGAUAAACAUCUGUUCUCUCGGCAACCUUCCUCCGAAUACCAAUGUUGCCUCCUGGAAUGUCGACCCAGAAGCCGAGAGAAAGGCUCAGAAGAAGAAGAAGAAAAAGCGGGACAAAAAGAAGCGACUCGGAGGCAAUGGCGCUCACACGCCCGUCAGCUCCAGCCGGACAGGACUCCUCAGCGCCGAGUUCGCGGGUAUGGACACUAGUGCGCUAGUGAAAACGACGCCGACCGAAGCAACGACCACGACCCAACCUAAAGCUUCGUCUCCGGCACCGCUCGUUCAGUGGCCUAGCAGCCCGGACCAGUCCGGUCUCCAUGGAAUCCCACGAGAUUCAAGUUCCACCACCGACAGCGCAGUGCCUUGUAUCCACGGGCUUCUCAUCGCCGUCCUGGUGCUGAGCAUCAUCGGCCUCAUCAUCGUCGCAUAUUUCAUGGCAACCAAAUCAACGACAGAGGGAAAGAACGAUGGAGAAACCAUUAUGAGGCUUCCUGCACGAGCCAUUCUACGAAUGGCAACGAAACCGCAUCACCAGGUGCAUCGCAGGAACGAAAUGAAAACCUGAACCGUCCUGUCUUUGAGUCUCCAGAUCACC